AGAGCACCAGGAGAGUCCUGUGUACAUUGCAUUAUCGAAUUUAAAUUGCAUUCAAUUGCAUUAUGGACCGGGCUGUGGCGCAGCUGGUUAGUAGCCAACUGCAAUAAAUCACUACAGACAGAGAGGUCAUGAGUUCGAAGCAGUUGGAUUGAGCUCCUGAUCAUUAACAGCCUAGCUCGCUGUCAACCUAUGCAGCUCAAAAGACAGUUGCAUCUGUCGAGUAGAAAAUUUAGGUACCACUUUAUGCGGGGAGGCUAAUUUAACUAAUUUGUGACACCAUAAAAAAAAAUUUCCAGCAGCGUGCAGAAGAAUGAAGAAGUACUCCAUCAAGGACUCGGUGUCGUAAGUGGACGGUAAAGCGGCAGCUCCCCCUGUGGCCGAAAUUGGGCAUACCCUCAUGAAGCUGGAAGCUGGAAAAUGUUAAAUUACCUCUUUGUCUGUCUAUAUGUUGCAUAUCUAAUGGCAUUGAAUGUUUGCCAUGUAUAUGUGCGUUGUGAUCCGCCCUGAGUCCCCUUUGGGGUAAGAAGGGCGGAAUAUAAAUACUGUAAAUAAAUAAAUAAAACUUUUUUCUCCCUGUACUGCAAACAUUUGAAGUUUCCAAAGAAAGGUGCAACUUCUAUGUCAAAAGUCAGACGCCAACUGAGAGCAAAAUAUAGUUUAUUAAAGUAAUAGCCCAAAAAUAGUUCAAAGAAUUAGCAGAAACUUAAAACACUUAAAUUUCAGUGUUAUUAAGUAGUUAAAACAGGAGAAAUGCCAAAAACACGCACUGACAUAUAAUUCGGAUUAACCAGAGAUAAAAUCCGGACUAAACAUAAAAUACUUGAACUCAGCCCAAAAACACAAAACAGGCUUGAAAUGGUGAAACAAACAAAAGCAAAUAGCUACGAAGCCCCCAAAACCUUCCCAAAAUUCAGGAGUACGAAAGUAGCUUUGAACCAAAACAAACACCCAAACCGGGCUGGAGAACUCUUUGUUGAGAGCAGCAAAGCAAGCGGAACAGAAAGACGCUGACGAGCCCGCAGCAAACCGCUGCUGGAGCGAAGGCCAAGCUAGUAGUUAAAGGAGCAGAGCAGGAAAACGUUGUCAAGCCGGUCCGAAGUCAGGAUAAGCAGCCAGCGUCAGGGUCACAAGCGAAGCCAGUAGUCAGCAACAGAAAGCAGCCACGGAAUUGAGAACAACGCCACAACACUUUUGGGAGCGAAGAGCAAAGCCGAGUUGAAUUCCAGUCCAAGGAGUUGAAGUCAUCAAAAGAAGGUCCACGUCACGGAAUGGCACAGAGAGCCAGAACAAUGAAGGCGAACAGCAGCUAAUGCAAAAUAGUAAUAACAAUGCAGUCCAGGGAAACCCACACAAUUCCAGCCCUCCGUUGUAGAGUAACCCGGAUCAAACUUACAUCUGUUGCAAAGUCCCAAGCCAGUCUUCAGAAUCACGUACAGGAAACCCAAUGGUGCCCAGCAACACCUUGCCACACGCAAAGCAUAGUGGCCAAACAUCCCCAAUUUAUUUAGGUUUCCUUGGGCGUCCAAACUUCUAACGCCCUAGGGUCAGGUGUCCCAAAUUCUUCAUCAGAAUCUGAGCUCCAAACAGCCAACACCCUUGGAUCAGGCGUCCCAAGCUCUUCAUCAGAAUCAAUAUCAUUCUGCCCACACUGUCCACACCUGUGGAACCACCCUCAUUCCUCCAGGCAGACUAUGUGGGAUCUGCUUCUGAAGAUACCCAAGCCUUUCCAGCAUCAACAGCAUCCAUGGAUCCAGAUUCCUCCCCAAGCCCUUCUGGAGCCCGUGCCCAAUCUAUGCCAGCUUCCUCCGUCACCACUGGUUCCUCAGCAUCCAUUUCCACCUCAACACCCUCUCCCAAAUCCUCACAUGAAACUUCCUCAGAAGAUUCCUCAUCAAUCUCCCUGAUUCUCUUUCUAUAUAAAUCUUCCAGCGAGCCCUCCUCACGAGGAUUCUUCCUUCCUCUCCUGAUUUCAUCAUUAUUAAUUAUUAUUAACAGCCUCAGAAGACUCAUUCACAAGAUUCUACCUGCUUCUUGUUUGUGAACUUUCAGUGUUUUCUCACUCCGAAAAAGAUUUCUCACCAUUUUCAAGAUGCCACAGUGUGACUUUCGUGUCAGCAAAAAGUGUGAUUGCUACAAAAGAAAAGACACAACAAAGGUAAAGUUUUGCUCCCUACCAAGCUUUUGCAGUAGUGAAGCUCCCUGUUUAAGCCACUGAUAUUUAUUUAUAGCUUUCCUCUCUUUGCUUGUGCAGCGAAUCCAGGAAAUAAAAAAGAAUCGUUGUCAGAAGGCUGUCAGAUUUAGCUGGCUCAUUCUUUCCUAAAAUCAUUAAUGCAACUAAGGCAUUUCAUUCCUUCCCCCGUGGAAAAAAAGGAGCCAAACUUGAUCAGAGUCCAAUGAAUGAUCCAGGAAGACAAAAAAGAAUACAGCAGCAUCACUGAAGCCAAGACGGCAUGGAUCUGACCAAGGAAGAUAGAUGGAGAGCCACCAGGAACCCAAUGAAAGAACAAGCUCUAAACAUGAAUAAAUAAUAGGAAGCUGUUGCAUAUUUUAAGAUGUCAAAUUGAAAACUCCAACGCUGAAAGCCGGUUUUGCUGCAGAGAAAAAGAAACACAACUCAGCAUUUUCUCAGGGUUCUGUUUAUGAGCCAGAUCUCUCACACCACCAAAGAUCAAUCCUAAAUCUAUAUCGUCCAAGGUUUGCUUGCUUGCUUGCUCCUUAUAUAUUUAAUUUAUAUCUCAAUAUGGGAUGCAGCGUAGCUCAUAAGUUAAAACAAAAUAGCUAAAAUGACAUGUAGCGCGAAAGCUAAAAACAUGGGACGAUUCAGUUAAAAAUUGGAAUUGAAAUGAUUACAAACAUAAUCAACGCAUAUUAAAAUGGAGUGGGCAGCAAUUACGUACUUACUUAGGUGAUCCCUCGUAACCCGACGAUGAUGGCCCUCCAAAUGUAGUGUCUUGGUGGUGGAUGCGUAGGUGGCUGUGGAGACCUAUUCUUGGCCCGCAGGUUCUUCCGCAGUGAGAACAUCGGUUUCCAGGAGGAAGGUGGUCCUGGUCAGGAUUGGCUUGAUGUGCCUUCCACUUGGCACAUUUCUCCCUUUCGACCUCCAUUCGUGUCUCUUCAAAUUCUGCAGCACUGCUGGUCACAGCUGACCUCCAGUUACAGCACUCAGGGGCCAGGGCUUCCCAGUUCUCGGUGUCCAUGCCACAAUUUUUAAGGUUAACUUUAAGCCCAUCUUUAAAUCUCAUUUCAUUUUCCAUUCUUGAGUUGGGAGUAGAGUAACUCCUUUGGGAUAUGAUGAUCGGGCAUUCGGACAACGUGGAGUUGAUGGCGAAACGUCAUUGUUUCAAUGCUGGUGGUCUUUGCUUCUUCCAGCAUGCUGACAUUUGUCCGCCUGUUUUCCCAAGAGAUUUUCGGAGGUAACGCUGGUGGAAUUUUUCCAGGAGUUGAGUGUGACGUCUGUAAACAGUCCACAUUUACAGGUGUAUAACAGGAUUGGGAGGACAAUAGCUUUAUAAACAAGCCCCUUGGGUAUCCCUACAGAUGUCCUGAUCCUCAAACACUCUCUGCUUCAUUCGGAAAAAUGCUGCACUCGCAGAGCUCAGGAGAUGUUGUAUUUCAGUGUCAAUAUUGACUUUUGUGGAGAUGUGGCUGCCAAGGUAGCGGAAAUGGUCAACAUUUUCUAAUGCUACACCAUUAAUCUGUAAUCCUGGCAUUGUAGAGGGAUUGGCUGACGAUUGCUGGAAGAGCACUUUGGUUUUCUCGAUGUUCAGUGAGAGGCUGAGUUUCUCGUAUGCUUCUGCAAAGGUGUUUAGAGUGACUUGUAGGUCUUCUUCUGAAUGCGCACAGACAUAUUAAUAUGGGUAGGCAGCAAUGGAAGACUAAGGGAAGACAUUCAAGCCAGAGGGAGAGGUGAGUAACAAAUACAAUUAUUAUUAUUAUUUUAUUAUGACACAGCAAACAAGAUAGAUAUGCUGGAUUUCAUAUCACAAAAUCACAAGUCGAACACUUCCCAAGUGUCUAGGACUGUGUGAUGUAUUUUCAGAUGAUGCACGCAGAUCCCAGCAGGGUGGCCUUUUGCAGUUGGCAGAUAGUAAUUUUGUCAAUGUCUAUUGUUUCCAAAUGCCGGCUGAGAUCUUUUGGCACGGCACCCAAUGUGCCGAUCACCACCAGGACCACCUGCACUGGUUUCUGCCAGAGUCUUUGAAGUUCAAUCUUGAGGUCCUGAUAGCGGCUGAGAAAGGCUGGACCACCAUGUCAGACUACACAGAUAAGCCAUUGAAAUCCACAAGCAGGUGGACAAUUUCAACAGAAAGGAGGAAACCAUGGAAAUGAACAAUGUCUGUCUGUCAGCAUUAAAAAACUCUAAAAUCAGGACAGUAAAUAAAGAGCAACACUCAGAAAACAGGGGAAUUCCAGACAGGAAACAAUCAGGGCUAGCUAACACCUCCCAACAAAGGAUCACCCCAGGCAGGAAGCAGCCAGACUUUGAAGCUGCAAGGCCAUUCAAUGCUAAUCAAGGCGGCCAGUUGCAACAUUCACACUUUCCUUAAAAAGACAAGAGUUCUUUCUCUCAACAUGGGCAGUCCACAGUUAUAUACACCUCACUUGCCUCAUUUCCAACUGACCCCACAACCUCUGAGGAUGCCUGCCAUAGAUGUGGGCGAAACAUCAAGAGAGAAUGCUUCUGCAACAUGGCCACACACCGCAACCCAGUGAUUUCGGCCAUGAAAGCAUUCGGCAACACAAUGCUGAUAUUCUUAGGAGAUUCAAACUUUCACCGAAUGAAUAUUCAAGAACGGAAUCUCUUUUUGCUCUCGAUCUUCCUCAGUGUUUUCGAACCAGUUGUGGCUCCCAUUAGCUCUGAGAAUUGGCUACAUCUUCAGUCUGACUGUUUGGUUAAGCUAUUGAAGAAGAAGAAGGGGUGGCUCCACUGUGGGAGGUGGAGUCCUUAAUCCCUGAUAAGGUAGAAAGGAAGAGAGUGGCCCAGUCCCCGCCAGCAUCCCUGGCAUACAAAAGGUUUAUUUGGAAAGAAAGGCCAGUCGCGGUGUGGAGACAAACCCCCAUCCUCCUGCCUUUUCAAACCAGAUCCCAUGGAAGACCUCAAAGGGUUCUCAAUAGAAGCCUUAGAAGACUUUGCCCAGUUUAUGCCCAGCGGAGUUGCCCACCAGCCUAACAUGGGGGGUUCCCGGUUCUCCAUCACGCACCACUACGUCUCCCAGAAUUCGGUGCUGGGGUGUUGCUCAGGAACGUACCCAGGCCCAGCGGAGCUGCCUGCAUAUCCUCAAGACAACUUCAGGAAUGGAGAUUGGUAUUCAGCGGGCACCCCAGACGGAGCCUACUCUUCCAUCUCCAGAUAUGUGGGGACCCCCAGCUACAGCAUGCCUGGAGUGGACUGCCUGGGCUACCUCAGCGAGAUGAUCAAGUCCCCCCAAUUCUUCGCGGGGAACCCCUCCAAGCGGAAGCGGCGGGUGCUCUUCUCCCGGGCCCAAGUCCACGAACUGGAGAAGAGCUUUGAGAUGCAGAAAUACCUGACUGCUCCAGAGCGCGAGCACCUGGCCACCGUGACCCGCCUCACCCCGAACCAGGUGAAGAUCUGGUUCCAAAACCAUCGCUACAAGAUGAAGAAGCAAGCCAAGCUUCAGGGCUCCAAGGCUGGCCAGAUGGGAUCCCACAUGGUUUGUGACGGUAGCCUCAUCGCUCAGCCAGACGGCAGCUACGGUUUUGCCAGAUCUCCGAUGGAGGAGAAGUUCUUUCUUCAGGGCUUGACAACCAGUCCCAUCACCAAGCCUGGCCCACAACCUAUGAAAGAAACUACUGAGAAUGACCUUUCAUUUGGUAAACCAUGGUAGUUUGUGGAGAAACCUUUCCAAAAGACUAAGACUAGACUUUGUGUUGUAACAAAAGGAUAUCCAUCUAGAACGUUCAGCACCUAACAUGAGCAUUUACUUUAUCUUUUACCAACAACACCCAAUGGACAAAAGCUGAUAACAUGUAUCAGAUACUGCAUUGGAAACAUCUCAGCAUUCCAAACUCUCUCAGGAUUGUAUAGAUCUCAGGAGCUGGGCCUGAGUCCCCAAGUUUCAGAAUGACGGGAGGAAUCUCAGAGUGAGAGCACUGCCCUGAAAAUAAUAUAUGUUUAUUUACUAUUGAGACUGGUUGAUGCAAACUGUUUUGGAGUGGAUAUGGUCAGCUCUCCAGAGAUUGAUCCUCUGCCAUCUCACUCCUUGUUUGCUGCUUUGUAAACAGAGUCUAUUUCUCAAUAAAUUGGUUUGAAGAGCCUCUCAAAAAGUACAUUCGUCAUACACUACUGUCGUUUUCUUAAUUUUCUUGAACAGCAUUGUAAAUUUAGUACUAGUUCAUGAGUCACUGCAUUUCCAGUAUCAAUGAAACUGCAUUCAUUUUGUAACUGCUGAACUCCGUAUUAUUAAUUACCUCAUCCACGAAACAUAAUAAUAAAUCUGUGUUGGCAUUGAUUGGA